AAAAUGUUCUAAGAGGAACAACUGAUUUGCAAUUCGGUCUCUUCUGUUUCAUACUUGCUAUUCAACCUAAUUAAUGAGUGAAUGUAGUUGGGUCUAAAGUUUAAAAGGUACUAGGGCUGAGCUAACAAAUUGAUUAAAAGUUGCAAUCAAACCCUUUUUCUACUAUAGAUAUAUUUGAAAUGCAUCACUCCAUUAGCUCAUAUAAUAAAUUACUUAUAAUAAAGUUCUACGUAUUCCAAUCUAUAAAUAGUUCUUAUUAAAAUUAUCUUUUUUGUUUUACUAUAAAUGGGUACAAUGAAGAGAUUCACUAUUCCACUAAUAUUAUUUCAUUUUCUACUUCAUUUUUUAUUCAUUUCUAAAAUAAUAAUUCAUUUUCUUUUCAUCACAUUCUCUUGAAAUUAACUAGUUACAGUCAAAGAUGCAACAAUAUUGUCUAUAUGAUGGGAUGGUAUCAUGGUAACUUUAACUAUAGAGGUAAUUAACACAUUAAUGCAUGUGAUGGUUAGUUGUUCAUGAAUGGCAUGUAACACGUAAUAUACUUAACUAUAAUUGGACCCAAAUGACCAUUGACCAAUGGCCAUAUAUAUUAACAAAAUGGGUAAGAAUGCUUUUUUGUCAAUAAUUUUACAAAACACAGAAAAAAUAAGUUUGAAUAUUGACCAGUAUUUAUUUCGUCAGUAUGGCCCAUUCCUAACCAAAUUAAAUUAUUGUUAAACUUAUGCCGCAUUAAUUUAAAGACUUAUGACUGUAGAACUUGCUCUUUUUCCAGCAUGUUUACAAGUUUGAAUUGAGGUAAGAUGGUAAAUUUUAUUUUUUUUCCAGUUCAAAAACAAAAAGUAGAUUUCCUUACCAAAAUCUCACUUAAUAGUUAAUAUCCUCAUUGACCAAAAUCUAUCAAUAGAUAACCAUUGUUAUAUAUACUACUCCAAUUACAGCUCACAAGUUCAUACAAAACUCAAAGUCUAAUACCUCUUAAGUUAUUAGUUAUUACUAAAAAGAAGUAAUAAUGGGAAGUAUUGAGAGUCAAGAAACACAUGUUCUAUUGGUAGCCCUACCGUACCAAGGUCACCUCAAACCAAUGCUCAAAUUCGCCAAACUUCUCUCACGACCGAACCUACACUUCACUCUCGCCACCACCGAGCAAGCCCGUGACCUCCUCUCGACCGCCGCAGAAGAUGAACAACCUUGCCCGGUGGACCUCGCUUUCUUUCCCGACGGUCUACCUAAAGACGACCCAAGAGAUGCAGAUUCUCUCAUCGUCUCGUUGAGAAAUGUCGGAGCCAAGAACUUGUCUGAAAUCGUCGAAUCAAAGAGAUUCUCUUGCAUGGUCACCGUGCCAUUUGCUCCAUGGGUUCCAAGUGUUGCAGCUGCACACAACAUCCCUUGUGCACUCCUCUGGAUCGAAGCUUGUGGAGCUUUCUCGGUUUAUUACCGUUACUACAUGAAGACAAACACUUUCCCCGACAAUCUCGAAGAUCUGACACAAACCGUUGAGUUACCAGGUUUGCCAAUGUUGGAAGUUGGAGAUCUCCCUUCAUUUCUCUUGCCUUCUGCAGGAAGUCACCUAAAUAACCUAAUGGUGGAUUUCGUCGAGUGCUUGAAAAAUGUGAAAUGGGUUUUGGUUAAUACAUUUCACGAACUCGAGUCAGAGAUAAUCGAUUCGAUGUCCGAGUUGAAACCGGUAAUGCCUAUCGGUCCUUUGGUUUCUCCAUUUCUAAUGGGAGCUGAUGAAGAGAAAACCGUAGAUAAUGGUGAUUGCAUGGAGUGGCUUGACAAGCAAGCUAGGUCUUCGGUUGUUUACAUAUCUUUCGGAAGCUUGCUCAAAUCUUCGGUUAAUCAAGUCGAGAGCAUAGCGACGGCUCUGAGAAACAGAGGAGUUUCAUUCCUCUGGGUGAUUAGACCUAAGGAGAACGCUCAAAACGUCAGCGUUUUGCAAGAGAUGGUUCAAGGAGAACAAGGGGUCGUUAUCGAGUGGGGUCCUCAAGAAAGGAUAUUGAGCCACGUGGCGAUCUCUUGUUUUGUUACACAUUGUGGGUGGAACUCGACGAUAGAGACGGUGGCGACAGGUGUUCCGGUGGUGGCGUACCCGAGUUGGAUCGAUCAGCCGCUUGACGCGAGAUUGCUUGUGGAUGUGUUCGGAAUGGGAGUGAGGAUGAGGGAUGACGCUGUGGACGGCGAGCUUAAGGUCGCGGAGGUUGAGAGGUGCAUUGAGGCUGUCACGGAAGGACCCGCCGCGGAGGAUAUGAGGAGGAAAGCGAUGGAGCUGAAGAAUGCAGCGACAUCGGCGUUGGAGCCUGGUGGUUCGUCGGCUCGGAAUGUGGACUUGUUCAUCGCCGAAAUCAACAACCAGUCAACCACCUGACGACUAUGCUUCUGCUUUGAAUUAAACCGGCGAUAACCGGAUUUUUGUUUCAGUAUUUGAACCAAAUGUUCAUUAAAAUGAGUAAUUGGAAUUUUUAAUAAAAGUAUUAUAUUUUAAGUUUUUUCCAAUUAGUUUGUCUGAAACAAACUUCAGCUCAUGAUUUUACAAAAGUUGAACCAAACGGUUACUAAAAUAAGUAACUUGAAUUUUAAAAAUAUAUUAUGAAGUAUUUCCAAUAGUAAUAAAAGAAGUUGGAGAAGGUGAGUUUACUAAAUGGUCUAAUGUUCGAUUCGAUUCUACAAAAACAUGUUUUCUACAUUAUAAGAUUGACUAUAGAUCGAGCUUUAUCGAUCUAAUUGGUGAAAAAAAUAGUGACAAUAGCUAAUUCUGUUAAACAAUUCAUAUUAUUUUUGUUAAAUAGAGUUCAUGAAAUAUAAUAACUAAAAUCAUUACAUUUGUGAAAGAA